AUGAAUUUUAAAUUGAUUUUUAAGUUUACUCUUUAUCACUUAUCUGGUGUCAAAUUGAUUACCUCAGCCCCCAGCCCCGCCCUGUGGAGAAGCCUCUUGAGAGUCUGGGCCUGGCCACGCGCCCGAUGCACGACGCGGACCUGGCCUUCGGGAGUGAGGCCAGCGGAAAGUGGACUCGGCGCCGGCCUUCCCCUCCCCUGGCACCGCUCCAAACCAGCCCCACCCGCCCUGCCGCGGCUGUCGGGUCCUGGGCUGUGCCGAAGCCUCCACGCGGGUGUGGCCCGCCCCUCUCCCCCAGGUGCGCGGUGUAAACACACCAAAAAGCAAACACCAGGGCCGAGUGGGCGACGGAGGCGGUCGCUGUUCAGUGUCGCCCCCUGCCGGGACCACGCCGCGCCGGGCACAGCGAAGAGAGGCUGCGCCUCCGACCUCGCAGCGCUCAGCCUCCUAAGUGGGCGGAAUAACCUCACGCAAGUCAUCAAACAAGAGGACUUCAGUGUUGCAACGAAGGAAGAGAAAGGGCCCCUGAGGAGGCGACAUUCGCACUGCAGCGGCGCAGGGACCAGCCAGGCGGCUGAGGGCAAGGUCGUUCCCAGCAGCGGGGACCGCAAGGGCAAAGGCUUGGAGGGGGGGAACGAGCUCGAGUUCCAGGACGGCCGAAGCCAGCGCAGAUCGAGCAGGGGCUGCGGGGCAGGCAGGGGUGUCCCCCACAGGGCGACGGCGGCAGGAGCUCGGGAACCGGGACUGCGAGCGGGGAAAUUUUCAAGAUUGAAAUUCCUGAGUUUGAAAAUGAACUCUUCAUGCUGCCACCUUUGUGACCAGUGGGUGAGUGGCAUCGUUGCUCAGCCAGUGCCCUGAGUGGGUGUUCUUUAUAUUGCCCAUUUGUUAGCUGUUGGCAUGGCCUCAAGAGGGGGGUCCUCAAACUCCACUUCCAGUAUUCGAUGGCGGUGAUUUCCAGCCUGUCCCAGCCCCUGGCCUUGGAGCCUGGCAUCUAUAGAGGACUCGUCAUGAGCCUGUCUUUUAAUUUUUAAAAACGGUCCACAUCACGCUCUCUCCCUGCCUGAACUGUGUUCUCAUGGAACAAAACUUGGAGUUAGACCUCAGAAUCCUGUGAAAUGUGGAUGGAGUGUGUUGUUAAAAGCCAGUUUCUGUCACCCCAGAUAGCUCUUACGUUUUUCUGCUUGAGUAUGCAAGGUUUAGGUUGAGGCCCAUGGUGUUUGCCUGGCCUGGUUUCCUGUUACAGGCUUGUUCCAGGAAACUGAAACCUUUUAUCUGCCAUAGUAUAAGCAAAAAUUUAAACUAGUUAAUACCACUUUUAAAAUGUAUUUUGUAUAUAUUUUUAAAUAUUUAGUUAGUUAGUUAGUUAUUGAGACAGGGAUUCAU